UGAAUGGAGAGGCUGCACCGACACACAAAGCUGCUCUGGACUCCGUCAGAAAGAGUUCUCGGAGCUCUGGGGGGUAAAGUGAGCCCCUCUCCCCGACCUGCUCCGUCAUCGUGCAGCGCCGGAAAGGGCCGAGCAAGAAAAAGGAGGCGUUUCCUCACAUCAGCUGCAAAUUUAUGCAGAGCAGUAAAAUCAGGGCUGCUGCUGCCGCUCCGAGCCUCCUGCACAGAGAAGAAGACGGGAAAAAAGCAGCAGCACCGGGCACCGCGCUAACAAAAAGCCCGGCACAUCGUUGCAGCGCUCGGUGUCGCUCUGCAGCGGGCAGCCGGUGCAGCAGGAGGCGGACGAUCCCGGACCGGUGACGCAGCCAUGGAGACAGACGGAGAGCAGAACCAGCAGGGGGCCUCGACCAAUGGAAGCGCCGCAUCUGGGACCAGCUCCCGCCCCUCUCCCAUGAAUUCCAUGUCUCUGUAUGAAAGGCAGGCGGUCCAGGCCCUGCAGGCAUUACAGAGGCAGCCCAAUGCAGCUCAGUACUUCCAGCAGCUGAUGCUGCAGCAGCAGAUCAACAAUGCUGCCCAGCUGCAGAACCUGGCCGCCGUGCAACAGGUAAAGGCCACUUUGGCUGCCAGUCGUCAGUCGAGCCCCUCCAGCAGCAGCUCCUCUCAGGCUACCAGCGCAGCCUCUGUCAGCGUAACGUCCGGAUCGGGGUCUACAACCAGCAGCCGUCCAAUGGGUGCGUCAGCAACAUCCACAAUCAGCCAAUCGGUGCUGCUGAGUGGGACGGCCGGAGGGCAGGGUCAGAUGUAUCUGAGAGUGAACCGCUCCCUCAGGACGCCUAUCCCCUCCCAGCUCAUCUUCAUGCCCGGCAGCACUGCAACUACUGCUGUGGCAACUGUUGCCCAGCAGCCACAGGCUCAGCAACAGCAGCAGGAAGUGCCUCCGACUUCCUCAUCCAGCAGCCAAUCAGAUAAUGAUCAGGUGCAGAAUCUAGCAAUGCGAGGUGUGUCAGGUCCCAAAGCUGUGGGUGUUAAGACCGAAGCCCCAGAGAGAAGUGACUCAGCUGCCUACUCUCUGGUCCAGCCCUCUCACCAGUCAACCCCUCAGUCCCCCACCAAACUGAGCCAGCCUCAACCCCAACCACCUCACAUCAAAAUCCCUACCUACCCCCAGCCUACUAACCUCAAAGCCCACCCCAGCUCUUCCUCCGGUACCUCAUCUUCCUCCUCAUCCUCCAUCCCUCUCUCCCAGCUUUUACUUCACAGUACUCGAACCCUGACCACAGGAACCACAGCUCCCACGGCAGCGCAUACUCUGGUCCUGACAUCUAACGCGACAUCCCAGCCCCACGGGUACCCAGUUGGCACAGCGACUAUCAAACCAGCGGUCAACGCUCAGACUCUGGUGGUGCAGCCUCUGCAGAAAACCUCACUCAGUGCUGAGAAAUCAGGCCACGGAAACGGACCCAUCCCCAUCCAACCUAAGACUUUACAGGGGCUGCGCCUGCCCCUCCAGCUGCCUUGUAGGAACCCCCCUCCUAUCCUACCCGCCCCACCUCCUGCCAGCAGCUCCGCCCAGCCACCCCACACGCCUCACAUCCCAGUCCAGAUAGUGGGGGCCAGGCAGAGCACACUUGGAAAUGCCCAGGCUCUCGCCUUGGCCCGUGGGAGCUGCAGCCAGGAUGGAGCCGCCGUCCUCACCAGCUCAUCCAGCCUGCUCACCAUGGUGGCGUCCAUCGCUUCCAGAGAGGGCGGCGUCGUGGGCCGAGGGGUGGGGCUGAAGACGCUUCAGUCACCCCAGGAGGCUCCUCCCUUGGCUCAGGUGUCUCAGGUGCAUCCACAGGCCAAUCAAAGCUCCGGACAGAGUCAGAACGGACAGCUGGCUUCGAGCCCCGCCCCCUCCCAGUCCUCCACCGUUUCAUCUCCUCCCGCCUCGCUGUCUCGCCCCUCCAUCUCUCUCCCCCUGGUGACUGAAGAGCAGAGAGGGGCAUCAGCUGGUGUGACCACCAAUGGAGACUCAUCAGGGGGUCAGACACCACAGAGUAAGCAGAUGACUGGCUCUAUAAAAAGAAAGCUGGACUCUAAUUCAGCCAACGACGAAGAUGGCCCCUCCCCUCCACGGCUCCAGCCAGUCAGAGAUCACGCCUCGGCCCUCCCGGCCAAUCCCGUGGAUGCAGGCUCUGCUGCUCCUCCUCCGCCCCCUCCAGCCUCCUCUCCUUCCCCGGUGCUGCUGGUGUCUCGUGGGGCCUGCGGUCAGGGGGAGAGAGCUCCGCCGCCUCAAGCUGUGGUUAAACCACAGGUUCUUACGCACCUCAUAGAGGGCUUUGUGAUCCAGGAAGGGGCGGAGCCUUUCCCUGUCUGUGGUCCAGUAAAGGACUCGGCUGGGGAAGAUUUGACCAAUGACAGUCCAGACACUAACCCAUCAGAGACUGUUACCACAGCAACAGUGCUGAAGUGUGAGUACUGUAAAAACUUUGCUCCUGCCAGCCAGUUCAGAGGCACCAAAAGGUUCUGCUCCAUGUCGUGUGCCAAGAGUAUGUAUUGGUUCCCCAGGUACAACGUCAGCUUCAGGCAGCACUUCAGCGCGCGGCAGGGUCACGGCCAGCGUCAAGCUCAAGAUCGCUCUCCGGACCGAGAUCAGAGCCGAGGACACCUCUCCAACUCGGACGACGAGGGAGGAAUCGCCAGGAGGAGGGUUCCCCGCAGGACCAGCUCAGAAAUAGCCAGUGCCAAGAUAGCAGGGAGGCCCCUACCUGUCAAGUGCCGUUCAGAGUCGAGCCAUUCAGACGAAGAGUCCAGUGCAGACGAGGAUGAAGAUGACCCCAUGUCCCUCUCACCGGCCUCCUCAGCAUCCUGCCACCAGCCGCCUCCUCCUCCACUCCCAGCAGAGAGCUCACCACCCGCCUGCCUGCCUGCUAGCCCCUCCCAGUGGAGUGUGGAGGAAGUGUCUCAGUUCAUUUCAUCACUACAAGGGUGCGAGGAGCUCGCCUCCCAGUUCCUGUCGCAGGAAAUCGACGGACAGGCCCUGCUCCUGCUGAAGGAGGAGCAUCUCAUGUCCACCAUGAACAUCAAGCUCGGUCCUGCCCUCAAGAUCUGCGCUCACAUCAACAGCCUGAGAGACUGAACAGUGUUUUUUUUUCUUUUUUCUAUAAAAGGCCCCGGGCAUUCGCCACCAACCUCCAGGUCAGACAUGGAGCGUCCUGCAGGUGAAUGUAUGAAGUACAGUUCAUAUUCCAAACUAAUCAAAGACUCUGCAGGGUGCUGUUUCUGACUCUCAAAGGUCACAGUUGGACAAGAUGUAAAAAUCCUUCAAAUGUGUAUUUUGAUGAAGGUACAAAUUCUGCUCCAAAUGCUUAUAACUGAACGGUUUGAAUGUAUUUUAAUUGCUUAGACUUGUUCAAGCUACGGUAUUUGCUGGUUCUCCGUGAACAGGGCUCCUCUGAUCGUAGGCUGUGACUCUGGCAAACACACCGUUUUAUUUUGUAAUGGGAUUUGGAAGGAAGAACUUUGGAAAAAAGAUUCCAGGUUCUUUUUCUUAAACUAGUUUAGCAUUCCUGCAGAAACAUGGAUUUCAUUCAAAUGGCCGCUGAGCACUUCCUAAUUAUCUGGGAGGAGCAGGCAUCAUCGCUUAUAUGGUGGCACUUUGAUUUUGGAGGGGGGUUUUCUUUGAGCUACAGGGUACUGUGAGAGUACAGGGUACUGGCUGAAACCCGAAUCCCAAAAGGUUCAAAGAGAUUUCAUACUUGGAGUGAUGAAAAUGUGGACAUUUCCUCAUUUUGACCUUCUUUUUUAUACAUAGAGAACAUCAGCAGUAGAAAGAAACGCUGUUCCCUCUUUUCAAGCUUUUUAUCAGAAAUGGUCACCUCUGCGAUUCUUCGUCCGUCAGCAGUUGUCAGCAUUACUCAGAUGGUACAAGCAGCUGCUCCUGAUCUGGUGCACUUACAAGGUGAUCAAUUAUGAAAAUGAGCAGCACAAAGAUGUUAAUUUGAAGUGUCUGCAAAGGAGAAGCUGCUGGCCACAUGUGGACCUAUGUGGGGGGGUCAUGCCUGAAUGAAUGACUGUGUGAAUGAGUGAACCUUCAAACUGUAAUAAGUGUAAAGUUUGCCUUUCUAUUUAAAUGCACAUUAGUUUGCUGACUGCCUUGUUUAAGCUGUAGACGUCCUUCAUGUUGUCUGUGAACCUCGUGGCCUUUCUCUCUACAACAGUAGGUUUAGAUGAGGAUUGUCUGUUUUUUAACUGCUUUUCAUAUCAUUCCUUGUUUUAUAUUAGCACCUCCUUUUUUUACAACUCUUACUUAAGCAAUGAAAUGCGUUGCCUUUCCCAAAAAGCGUGACUGAAUAGUAGCGACCUUUGAUCAAGGGACCCUUGCUGUCUUCCUCAUAGCUUUGUCACAUAGCGUGUAACUACCAACAGUAUGUACCUUUGUAGCUAGCUGGCUGUCUUUGGCUUUAUUGUUAGUGACUGUGGCUAAAAAGGCUAAUCUUUGAUAGACGUGUUUAUAUUUCAUUCUCCCAGGAUGUUUGAGUCUUUACAUCAGCAGGUCCUUCUGCAUACUGUAAACACCAAAAAAAAAGGACUCGAACCUGAGGACAGUCUGACCUGUGCUGACCCGUGCAGCGUCUGACCGGUGUUCAUGUAGUGUUCACGCUCCCAGAAAGUAGCACUUUUCUCCCAGAAGAACGGUGGGUUCUGCAAAAAUGUUCUUUUCAGAUUGGUGGAAGGAAGCCACGUGUAAUCAAAUGUUUGCUCGCAAUAAUCUGCAAAAUCUGGAGGGGCUGGUUUUGACAAGAAGAGGUUAAUUAAUACUAUCAUGCAAAUAAAUAAUCACAGAAGUGUUUUAAA